GCCGCCGUUGAGAGCUCGCGCACGGCUCUCGGAGGCGAUCUCCUGCCUCUCGUCCGCUGGCCGGACCGAUCCCUCUUCCUCGAGGCAGCGGGCACCGCGCGUUCGUCGUUGCACGACGCUGUUCCGGGACGACGAGCGACCGCGCCAUGCGGCGGCGGUGUCGGGCUCGUCGCACCAGGACACCGACACGUACGGAGCGCGGCGUCAGGACGACAAGAGGAUGCCCGACGGCGCCGAGACGCCGCAUCCGGAGGAGACGUCGGCCAAGGUCCUGCUGCUGCGACGAUGGAGCGAUAUGCCGCGGCACCUUCAAUUCAAUCCCCACAUCCUCACCGGCUACAGACCGCUCAUGACCAUCCGCCAGUGCCUCGGUAGCCUUUUCUACAUCCACAACGAGACCGUCAACAUCCUGACGCACGGAUUUGCUAUCCUGUACAUGUUGGUGACUGUACCACAUCUACUUCCAUGGAAUACAAAAGGGACACUCGUGGGAUUUCUCUCCUGGUGCCAUUUGAUCGGUGCAGUUAGUCCGUGGAUUGGAUCCUUCCUAUACCAUCUCUUCAUGAACGUAAACUACGACGAAGUUUUCUACAGAACACUGCUGAAAGUCGACAUGAUUGGCAUAUGGCUGUGCCAGAGUUUUGGAGCUAUACCGAUGAUGGCAGCGGCUGUUCAUUGCCUUACGGAUAAUGUUUGGUAUUGCUGCAUUUUUAUUUAUUGCUCUCUUAGUGUGUGGGGACUUUUAAAGGCAAUGACCGCUAAAUCACCCUGGGAAAGGCGUUUAUGUUUUGCCCCUCCCUUCCUGAUGAGAAUGCUGAUCAUGACGUUGAGGUGUUUUGGUAUUGGUGGCGGAUCACCCGAGGCUCUUACUCAUAUAAUAUUACAGGAUUUCAUAGCUGUGAUAGGUGCAACCAUUGGCGCUCUUCGCAUUCCAGAGAAAUGGAUUCCCGGCCGAUUGGAUUUAGUGCUGAAUUCCCAUAAUGUGAUGCAUGUAAUGGUCGUCCUAGCGGUAUGUUCAAUGCACACCGCAACCUUAAAGGAUCUUGCCUGGAUAUCCGAUCCGUCUACAUGCAAUAAAACAAGCUCUCUUCCUUCGGGUCGCGAAGAAUUGUGAUUGAAUCAUGAAGAACGCGACGGCUUGCUGCAGUCUGUGAUAAACCGAGCCUAUAACAACUGGCGAUUAGUCGAGCGUUUCGACAUUUGGAGACCAGAAAGUGCUGAAUUCUAUAAUAUAAAUUUAAGG